AUGAGAUCAGAGACAAAGAGGAGGAGGAGGAGAGAGCAGGGGAGACAAGAGGGCUGGAAACAGCCUUUCUUGUAUCAUCAGCCCACCAUGACACAGAAGGUCAGCGGCUCGCCGUUUCUCAAGCCCUUUUUCCUGAAGACGCCUGUAAGAGUGGUCAGCCCGCUGAGACAGAGACGACACACGCUACCUGCAAGUGAGUUCAGGAACCUGACGCCACAGGACGCCAUCAGUGUGUUUGAGAUUGAGAGAGAAGCUUUUGUCUCUGUGUCUGGAGAGUGCCCUCUUACCCUUGAUGAAGUGCUUAACUUCCUUGGCCAGUGCCCUGAGCUGUCUCUGGGUUGGUUUGAAGAGGGCCAGCUGGUGGCUUUCAUUAUCGGCUCUGGCUGGGACAAGGAGAGGCUAUCCCAGGAGGCCAUGACUCAGCAUGUCCCAGACACCCCCACCGUCCACAUCCAUGUGCUCUCCGUGCACCGUCACUGUCGCCAGCAAGGCAAAGGCUCCAUCCUCCUGUGGCGUUACCUGCAGUACCUGCGCUGUAUGCCGGGUCUGCGUCGAGCCCUGCUGAUAUGCGAGGACUUCCUGGUGCCUUUCUACCGCAAGGCUGGCUUCAAAGAGAAAGGGCCAUCAGCCAUAUCUGUAUCCAACAUGCACUUCCAGGAGAUGGAGUACACGCUUGGUGGUCAGGCGUACGCCAGGCGUAACAGUGGCUGCUAG